AUGAGUUCUUUUAAAAGAGAUAAAAAAGAAGAAGAAGAUGGGGGAGGUAAUCCGUUUCAAAAUAUUGAAAAAACUACAGUUUUGCAGGAGGCUAGAACUUUUAAUGAUACCCCAGUAAAUCCAAGAAAAUGUACCCAUAUUCUUACAAAAAUCUUAUAUUUAUUAAAUCAGGGAGAGCAAUUGGGAGCUACAGAAGCUACAGAAACAUUUUUUGCAAUGACUAAACUUUUCCAGUCUCGUGAUGUAGUCUUGAGAAGAAUGGUAUAUCUUGGGAUAAAGGAGCUCAGCACAUUAGCUGAUGAUGUCAUUAUUGUAACAAGCUCUUUAACCAAAGAUAUGACUGGUAAAGAAGAUUUAUAUAGAGCUGCAGCAAUUAGAGCCUUAUGUAGUAUAACCGAUGGUAUGAUGUUGCAAUCAAUUGAGCGUUACAUGAAACAAUGUAUUGUAGACCGUAAUCCAGCUGUUAGUAGUGCAGCUUUAGUUAGUUCUUUGCACUUGGCCAAAUCAGCUGGAGAAGUUGUGAAAAGAUGGGCCAAUGAAGUUCAAGAGGCAUUGAACAGUGAUAACAUUAUGGUACAAUAUCAUGCUUUGGGCCUUCUAUAUCACAUAAGAAAAACAGAUCGCCUUGCCGUUUCAAAAUUAGUUGGAAAACUUACAAGAUCCUCUAUGAAGUCUCCAUAUGCCGUUUGUAUGUUGAUACGUAUUGCUUGCAAAUUACUUGAGGAAGAGGAUGGUACAAAUAAUGAUUCUCCAUUACUUAAUUUUGUCAAGGCAUGCCUUAGACAUAAAAGUGAGAUGGUAAUUUAUGAAGCAGCUCAUGCAAUUGUGAAUUUACAAAGAACAAGUGCACAUGAGUUGGCACCCGCUGUAAGCAUAUUACAACUAUUUUGUAGUUCACCAAAACCGACAUUAAGAUUUGCUGCAGUAAGAACAUUGAACAAGGUGGCAAUGACUCACCCAGCUGCUGUAACAGCUUGUAAUUUAGAUCUAGAGGGUCUAAUUACUGAUCCCAAUCGUUCAGUUGCUACUCUUGCAAUAACAACUUUGCUUAAAACUGGUGCUGAAUCAUCCAUAGACAGACUUAUGAAGCAGAUUGCUACAUUUGUUUCGGAAAUAAGUGAUGAAUUCAAAAUUGUGGUCGUUCAAGCUAUUAGAUCUCUUUGCAUAAAAUUCCCAAGAAAGCAUGCCGUUUUGAUGAAUUUUCUAAGUGCAAUGUUGAGAGAUGAAGGCGGUUUGGAAUACAAAGCUUCUAUUGCUGACACUCUCAUCACAAUAAUUGAAGAAAAUCCUGAAGCAAAAGAAACUGGAUUAGCACAUUUAUGUGAAUUUAUAGAAGAUUGUGAACAUACUUCCCUUGCUGUUAGAAUUUUGCAUUUACUUGGAAAGGAGGGACCCAGAUCAAAACAGCCAUCAAGAUAUAUUAGAUUCAUAUACAAUCGGGUUAUUUUAGAAAAUGCAACUGUUAGAGCUGCAGCAGUUGCUGCAAUGGCUCAAUUUGGUGCUCUUUGUCCUGAUCUAUUGCCUAAUAUACAGGUUUUGCUAGCUCGUUGUCAAAUGGAUUCAGAUGAUGAAGUUAGAGAUCGUGCAACUUACUACAGCUCCAUAUUAAAUCGAAAUGAUAAGUCAUUGUGUAAUGAAUAUAUUGUGGAAACCUCACAGUUGUCUCUAGUGUCUUUGGAAAGGGCAUUAUUAGAAUAUUUAAUGACACCUUGUGUUGAACCUUUUGACUUAAAAACAGUACCUAUAUCAGCGGCUCCUACAGUUGAACAUAAUAAUAUUGCAAAUGAGGGAAUGAUAAUUACUAAUUUGCCAGCACCAGUUGCGACUAGAGAAGAAGUAUUUAAUGAGAAAUUGUCUGGCAUUCCAGGCAUUGCAAAAUUAGGUCCAUUAUUUAAAUCAACACCUCCAAUUCAACUUACAGAAAAUGAAACUGAAUAUACCGUCUCUUGUAUUAAGCAUUGUUACACUUCCCACAUUGUCUUACAGUUUGACUGUGUGAAUACUUUGUCUGAUCAACUGCUAGAAAAUGUACGAGUGCACUUAGAGCUAGCACCUGGAUAUAAUAUUGUUAAUGAAAUUACCUGUGAACGAUUACCGUAUGGUGAACCAGGUUCAGUUUAUAUAAUUUUAGAAUACCCAAAUGAUUUAGUUGAUACAGCGGGUACAUUUGGAGCUACUUUGAAAUUUGUAGUGAAAGAUUGUGAUCCUGCAACUGGAUUACCAGACUCAGAUGAAGGGUAUGAUGAUGAAUAUAUUUUAGAAGAUUUCGACAUAUCUGUAGCUGAUCAAUUACAAAGGGUGAAGAAAGUUAACUUUGGAGCUGUUUGGGACGCUGCAGAUAAUGAACAAUGGAUACAAUUGGAAGAUACAUACGCUCUAAGCAGUUUAAAUACAUUGCAAGAAGCUGUUAAAACAAUUUUAACAUUUUUGGGAUUAGCACCUUCAGAAGGAUCUGAAAGGGUACCCGAAGGAAAAACUACACAUACCUUAUUAUGUUCAGGUAUGUUUAGGGGUGGCAUUGAUGUUUUAGUAAGAGCAAAACUUGCUUUAUCAGAUGGCGUAACAAUGCAAUUAACCGUCAGGUCUACACAUCCUGAUGUUGCUGAUCUUAUUACGUCUGCCGUAGGAUAA